AUGUGGGUGAUUGAUUCGGAAAGGCUUGUUUCCAGAGAAAUUACCUACGUACCUGCAUUAUAUCAAAUAGUGGAUGAAAUCUUUGUAAAUGCUGCUAACAAUAAGGUUCGAGACCAAGAAAUUAAUGUUAUUAAAUUUGAUAUUGACAAAGAAGGAGGCCAAUUUGCCGUCUUUAAUAACGGAAAAGGAAUCUACGAUGAAAAUGUCUACAUACCUCAACUUAUCUUUUCGCAACAUUUUCAUCUUCACUUUUAA